UCAAGUGGCUUGGUCCUGUUUCUGCUCUCUCCUGGAUUUCUCUGGCUAUGACUUGUUACGCGCUUACUUUGGCUCUACUGGCGCUGGCCGGCUGCAUUUGCUGUACGUUCGCACGGGCCACGCCCGACGAGGAGCGCUACGUGGAAAAGGAGUAUAAUCGGGAUCUGUAUGACUGGAUUAAUAACGCAGUUCGAUAUGCGCCGGUCCAACCACCGGGUCCGCCCUGCAAGUAUCCAUACUUUCUGGAUAACUCACUUAACCCGAAUAUGCGGAUGCCAAAGCGAAACUCGGAACUGAUAAACUCGCUGCUCAGUUUACCCAAAAACAUGAAUGAUGCGGGCAAGUAAAAGAAAAAAGACCGGAUAUAACUAAGUACAUAUGUCGCUUUGGAGAUUCUAUACGUGAACACAAAUAUAUACAUAAUAAAACAAUGUGAAUAAAAACAUACAAAAAAAAAUUUAUAUUAAUAAAUAGUUUAAUAAGCCUGGCCUGCGCUUCAGUAAUAAAUAAGUUUGUUUGCAUACAUAUGACAUAUGACUCGAAGGAUUCACCAAUUGCCUUUCUGUUGCAACUGUGCAAAAUAUUCAAAUUAUUUUAUGUUCAGUUUUUGGCAACUACGUCUACAUUCUAAAUAAAACUAACUAGAAAAAACUAAAAUAUCGAAAAAGUUUUAGAAUUAUUAUCUAAACUGCGCACAAUCAAACAUUUAUUUUCUAGUUUUGAUUUCAAUAGUUAACUUUUGUCGAAAAGUUCUUGUGGUUGGCUAAGCAAAUACCUAAAACAAAAACAAUAGAAGUCACAGCUGUCUAG